UUGGUGUGGACGCACGCGCGCACUGAGUGUUCACGAGGAUUCUUAAGUUGUCUCCAGGCAACGACCAACCUGACGAAAGCCAGAUCGCCCCUCCUCUGACGAUGACAAGUCCAUUCAGACCUGCGAUGUUUGGAGUCAUAUCCUCCCUAAAAUGCGACACACAGGGCAACUUUGAAGAGAGAGCAGUGGCGCAAGCUUUCUGUCAGCGGUGCACUAGGAUCCUUCCAGGUGAUCUUGAAUGGACCCACUUUGAUUUUGUGAAAUAAAAGGGAGAGGCAACACAGGGUUCCUUGUUCGGUUACGAAGGCGGAUUGGGAACAAAAAACAAACGUGACAGGGCCUUGUUUCGAUUCGCCUGAUGGUAAUUUCACAAGAUUCAUUGAGUGAUUGCUCUAGCCACCACAGACGUCAGCCCAAGAAGAACACGAUGAAACCAGCCUGACCUGGAGAUAUCCCCAUCUUCCACCUGCACGCCCCCGCUCCUCUUAACCCCACCACCCCUUGACCCAAACAUGGAGCUUGUGGAGUCUGGGACGCCUCGUAUUGAAGUCGAGGAGGUGGACGUAAAUGGCAGUGUGGAUUCUACGGACCCUUCCGUCACGGAUGAUGACCUAGACCCGUCCACGGACGACCACCUGCGGACGCUGAAGGCCCUGACUGAGAAGCUGAGGCUGGAGACGCGGCGACCGUCCUACGUGGAGUGGAGAGCCCAUGUGGAGGCCCAGGGAGCGGGGAGACCCAGCGCUGCCGAGCCCGCGGAAAAGAAGCCUCCAGAGCUGGAGGAGAGGACUGGGAGUAAUGGCUGUGGAGGAGGAGGUGGUGGUGGUGAUGGUGGUGAUGCUGGUAGCGUCAGUAGCAGCAGCACCACCACCACCACCAGUGCCAAUGGGGAGUCUGCGGAAAGGAACCCAGAGGAGAGUUUUAAUGGUGGUGAUGUCUCGGGAGACAAAGGCAGCCGGCAGUCCUCCGGAAACCUGAAGGGCUUUGGCAAUAUUGACGAGGCUCUCGUUUGGCUGAGGAAGGAGCUGCAGGAGAUGCGUGUGCAGGACCAGCAGCUGGCUCGGCAGCUGAUGCGUCUGCGCGGCGACAUCCACAAGCUGAAGAUCGAGCAGACGUGCCACCUGCACCGCCGCAUGCUCAACGAUGCCACCUACGGGCUGGAGGAGCGCGACGAGCUGUCCGACCUGCUCUGCGACGGCCCGCUCACGCCAGGCUUCGGCCUCUCCGCCCCGCUGCGGCUCAUCGGCGUCACCAAGAUGAACAUCAACUCGCGACGCUUCUCGCUCUGCUAGCGCCGGAGCAGCUGUUACAGCGACGGUAGGGACACAUACACGCGAAUUUGCGAACUUUGCCAUUCAUUCCUAUGAGAGAGGCGAAGGCAAGCGAUGGCAAGCGAAAGCAAGCGAACAGGAGCGAAGCGACGCGAAAUUAUUAAAGAACGUUUAAUGUUAUGCAAAUGAGGAGCGAAUUCGCCUGCCGCGGCCCAAUCAAAUCAACAACAUAACUGUUCCAUUCCAUUUGAUUCGCCGCAACGACCUGAUGACGGUUGGAUUUCGCCUCUCUUCGCUUCGCUUGCUUCGCCUCCUAUGUGUUCCUACCGUGACUGGCCCAAACAGGGACGCUGACGGGGGAGUCAGCUGUCCUGGUCCCAGGGACAGAGGGGAGCUGCACUGGACAUCAACUCGCAACACUUUUCACUCAGCUAGUGCCAGAUAGAAUGAAUACCUGUUGAGUUGAGUUGACUGAAUCAUCUGACAACUCUCUUUUCAUCCUGCUUUCCUCUGAAUACCUGACUCAUCAGACAUCAUUGAUGCGCCACCACUCCUCACUGAUACUACGUCCUUCCUCCCUCUGCAUACUUGACUCACAGUUGACCUGCGUGCUUCAACUUGCAAUCUGAACAAUUAACGCCUCUUGGAGAGUAAUAAUUGUUCCAUCCAAAAUGGAAAAAUGGUUUCUCCUUUUUGGUUUUGAGAAAUGCACCCCAGGUUAAAUCAACAUACAGAUACAAUCAGCUAUUAAAAGAGCCUGUAGUCUUCAUUUUCAGAAGUGCCACCGGCAGUGUAAACACUCUUAGCAGGUUUACCGCUUACCAUAGCCAGGUUUAUGACUUUAUCAUGUUGGCAUAGGCCUACCCCCUUGAUUUAUAUGAGGGACGCUUUUUUUUAAUCAAAUAGACUCUGUUCAAGUGUGUUUACAGCAAGGAUAGCUGGAGGCAAAAAGACACGGCUUGCUUUCCUCCAAAACAACUUUUAGGGUCUUCGCUAAGACGACUAUUAGUCCCUGAGUUAGGCCUACACGUGCCUCUGUAGAUUAACUUCAUUCUUGCCUGAGCAAUAGUCAAAUAUUUCUUUUUUUUCUGAUGUAAAUACUGACUGUGUCUGAAACAGGAAACUAGUGAUGUGUUGCCUUUUAUGUUACAGGUCAUGUGCCCGUAAAAAGGCCCCUUCAUUUUGACAAUGUGGCUAGACGGGACUCACUAGCUUCACACCAGGUCGGCCGGGGGUUGUACUUACGUCUUACGUCAUUUGGUUCGUCUCCAUGACAGCCGAGAGUUGCCAUAACCCUUAACCUAACCUUAACCCUAACCCCAAAUCACUUAUUUGAAAUGUUUGAUUACACAACUCGUACUAUAAUCAUGCUGUACCUAAACCCAAAAACACGUAGCCUAGCCAACAGAAUACACUAUUCCAGCUCAAACCAAAUGACGUAAGACGUAAGUACAACCCCGCGCCGAUCGAGCGGGAAACUAAUGUGUCCCGUGGCUUGACAGCAACAUAGAAUGCUGUUGCCAUAACACCAACAGCUGACUUCAUAGUUCAAUAGAAUGUUGAGAGCAGCAUGAAGGACAAAUCUAGACUUCCUUCAAACUAUGGAAAGGCGAAGGUGCCUUUGAAGGCAGAAUUUUAUCCAUUUAUAUCCAUCCUUUUUUCCAUUUAUUGAAUUUGGACGACCUUGAUGGCAUGUUGCUACCAAACGCUGUCUACAAAUGUAUAGUAGUUUUUGUUCUUUUUCCUACAAGGCCCCAAUCAGUGACAUACCUAGACCCUCUUUCGAGUUUCUUGUCUCCUGACAAGAAGCUGGCUUCGCCUUAGAAUCUCUCCCUUAUAAUAGAUCCGCGUGGUCGUAUUAGCCAGUGUGCCGUAGAUCCAAUCGGUCCUCCUUGGACAAGAACAAAAUGGCCUGCCUUCAAAGCUGCAGUUCAUUUAGCAUUUGCACACCUUUCUGUCUUUCUUCCUUUUCUCUCUCUCUCUCUCUCUCUCUCUCUCUCUCUCUCUCUCUCUCUCUCUCUCUCUCUCUCUCUCUCUCUCUCUCUCUCUCUCUCACCCACUCACUCACUCACGCUCUCUCUCUCACCCACUCACUCACUCACGCUCUCUCUCUCUCUGUCUUUCUGUUUGUCCUUUUCUCCUUUUCUCUUACCUUCCACCACUCUCUCUCUCUCUCUCUGUCUUUUUGUUUGUCCUUCUUUUCUCCUUUUCUCCUACCUUCCACCACUCUCUCUCUCCCUCCCUCCCUCCCUCCCUGUCUUUCUGUGGGCAGAGCAAACAUGUGGGUAGGGGCUCCUCAUGGAUGACUGCCUCAUUAGGCAGCAGGGCCCCUCGUGCAGUGCCAAGUUUGUCUAGCUCGCCUGCCUCUUAGGUGGCUGCCAGCCUUUUGACUUUCUGCUGACUUAAGCCUUAAGGGGUAUCGCUGAGAAUCUCGCAAGCAGAAGUACUACACACACUUUCGAAUGUGUGCAUCCAUCCACUCUCAAUGCUCACUUUUGCUUUGUGCCUUCCUUGUCCAGUUUGUACGUGUGUAUACUAUCAUGUUUGUAAAGUAACGUUUAUAUUGACAGAUUUUGUGUCCUGUUUCUUCUGCUCUUCAUGUUCAUUAAUAAAAAAAACCCUCUUUUCUUAGA